GGAUGGUGGGAGUAAAUGCAUUUGCUGUCAACUUUUGACUCUAGCUAGCUCUUGGAGUCCAUUGCUUUUUUUUCAGGUCAGCGUCAUCAUUUAGAGAAACAGUAUAGAUCUGCAGCAGCAGCAGCUGCUUCUCUCUUAUCUACUACUAUAUAUGCAGAUCAAACAACCUUAGCCCAUUAGACCUUUGUCUCUGCAGUUUCAAACAAGGAAGAGAAAAUUAAGUAAAGAGAGAAAGAGAGCAAAAAGAUAAAUAAUUCAAGUUGAAUCAGUGGAUAAGUGUAAAUGGGGAGGCCGCCUUGCUGUGACAAAGUUGGAGUGAAGAAAGGGCCAUGGACUCCUGAAGAAGAUAUAAUGCUGGUUUCAUAUGUUCAAGAACAUGGUCCUGGAAAUUGGAGGGCUGUUCCUGCUACUACAGGGCUGAGGAGAUGUAGUAAGAGUUGUAGAUUAAGAUGGACUAAUUAUCUUCGACCUGGAAUUAAACGCGGUAGCUUCACUGAUCAUGAGGAGAAGAUGAUUAUUCAACUUCAAGCCCUUUUAGGCAACAAAUGGGCUGCCAUAGCCUCUUAUCUCCCUGAAAGAACAGACAAUGACAUAAAAAACUACUGGAAUACCCAUCUGAUGAAGAAGCUCAAAAAGCUUCAAAACGGGUCCAGUGGCAGUGAUCACAAAUCCGGAAACGAUCAUGGAUUCUCCUCAACUUCACAUUCAAUAUCUAGGGGGCAGUGGGAGAGACGGCUCCAGGCCGAUAUCAACACUGCCAAACAGGCCCUUCAUGAUGCACUAUCAUUUGAAAACAAAAGCCAUUUGCCUGAAUUGCUGGCUCCUUCCAAUGGCUGCUUUUCUAACACAAACCCUGAUCACCAGGCAUUUUCCUAUGCAUCAAGCACUGAAAACAUAGCAAGGUUGCUCAAAGAAUGGGUGAAGAAUACACCAAAACAUGAAGAAUCUAAGUGUUCAAGUACUCAGGAUUCAUCAAACAAUGCCAUGAAUUAUAUGGAUUCCACUUGUAGUGAAGAAACUCGUGCUCCCAGCACUGCAAGCAAAAGCGGGAUCGAUUUAUCUGAGGCAUUUGAUUCCUUGUUUGGUUUUGGGACUUUUGAAUCUUCAAGUCCUGAUGAAUUUUCAAGAUCCACUUCUCCUAGCCUUGUUCAGGAUGAAAUCAAAUCCGACCCGAAUACACUUGCCCCGUUAUCCACGCUGGAGAGUUGGCUGCUCGACGAUCAAGGGAAGGAUUAUCUUUCUAAUUUCUCAUUUGAUGAGAAUCCGGACUUAUUUUAGAAAGGAUAAUUAGGAUUAUUAUCAUAUAUAUGUUUGGUGGGAAAAUUGAUUUUUUUUUUUUUCCGGGAUAUUUUUUGUUCUAGGCGCUGCUGACACUAAGCAUUUUUUGCUUCACUUUUUUGUCCAGUCCAUGUACGGCCGGAAAUAUUGAUGUUAAAUGUUAAUCAUCUUCUAAUCAAUUUAAUUA